AUGGUGUUCCCGGUCAAAGAUGACCACCAUAAAGAAAAGGAAUUAGAGUUCGAUGUCGUCAUAGUUGAUGCAAUCAACGACGUCCGUAUUGUGGGCGUGAUCACACUGACUAUUCUUUUGCUCAUCUCAUUUGCUGGAAUGGAGUGGGAGUCCAAGGCCCAGAUUUUGUUCUUUUUAGUUCUCUUGGUCUCGUUUGCCAACUACUUUGUGGGUACAUUUAUUCCACCCGCCCCAGAGAAACAGGCCCAGGGCUUCUUUGGUUAUCACAGUGAUAUCUUAAUUUCGAACUUGAAACCUGACUGGAGAGGACCUGAAGGCAACUUUUUCCAGAUGUUUGCCAUUUUCUUUCCCUCCACCAUCGGCAUCCUGUCUGGCGCCAACAUCUCCGGAGACCUCAAAGACCCUGCUACUGCUAUCCCUAAAGGCACUCUCGUGGCCAUUUUCUGGACUACAUUGAGCUAUCUAAUUAUCACUGUAACUGUUGGGUCAUGUGUGGUGCGGGACGCCUCUGGUAAUGUAAGUGACAUUAUCACUGGAAACAUCACUGAAGGCUGUGUUGGUCUGGGAUGUAAUAUGGGCUGGAACUUCACAGACUGCAUCGAGUCACAGUCUUGUAAAUAUGGUCUGGCCAACAAUUUACAGGUACUGGGCCAAGUUUCAGGUUUCUUCUACCUCAUCACGGCUGGUGUCUUUGCAGCCAGCUUGUCUUCUGCCCUUGGCUUCCUCGUCUCCGGCCCUAAAAUCUUUCAGUGUCUAUGCAAAGACAACCUAUACCCGUACAUUGGAUUCUUUGCAAAGGGCUAUGGGAAAAAUAAUGAGCCAAUCCGGGCCUACUUACUCUGCUACGUCAUUGCUGUGGCUUUCAUUCUCAUCGCUGACCUUAACACCAUUGCAGCCUUGAUCUCCAAUUUCUUCCUGUGUUCCUACGGCCUCAUCAACUUCAGCUGCUUUCACGCUUCAAUCACCAACUCCCCUGGUUGGAGGCCGUCAUUUCACUACUACAGUAAAUGGACAGCUCUUUUUGGAGCAGUGAUUUCUAUUGUGUUGAUGUUCCUGUUCACCUGGUGGGCUGCCCUCUUCACCUUCUGCAUCAUCUUCUUUCUCUUUGGAUAUGUCAACUACAACAAGCCAAAGGUGAACUGGGGUUCGUCAGUCCAGGCAGGUACAUACAACAUGGCUUUGUCGUACUCAGUCUCCCUGUCUGGUGUCGACGACCAUGUCAAGAAUUUUAGACCGCAAUGUCUCGUCCUGACUGGGCCACCAAACCAGCGUCCAGCCCUGGUGGACUUUGUUGGCUCCUUCACCAAGCACAUAAGCCUCAUGAUCUGUGGAGACAUAGUCAUGGAGCAGGACAGGCAGGCUCAGCCUCAGGAUACCACUGAUUGGUUGGUAAAGUGGCUGAACAAGAGAAAGGUGCGCUCAUUUUACACACCUUUCACUGCCGACAGCCUUAGAGUUGGAGCUCGACAUCUGCUGCAGGCUUCUGGUCUUGGCAAGUUGAAGCCCAACACUCUGGUCCUGGGCUUCAAGGCAAACUGGAGGGACAGUUCUCCGGAAAGUAUUGAAGAUUAUAUCAACACAAUAUACGAUACCUUUGACUCAAACUACGGUCUGUGUAUCCUGAGGAUGAUGGACGGUUUGGAUAUCUCAGACCAUUUUGAUGUUGAAGUGAACCAGGGCUUUGAACCUGAUGAAUCUGUUGAAAUUGACAAUCAGCAAUCUCCUGAGAAAGAAUCAG